AUGAGAGAAGUAAACCAGUCUGCUACCACAGAUUUCAUCCUCCUGGGAGUGACAGGACAGCAGGAACAGGAAGACAUUUUCUUCAUCCUCUUCCUCUUCAUUUACCCCAUCACACUGGUUGGAAACAUGCUCAUCAUCCUGGCCAUUGUCUCUGACGUUCAUCUCCACAACCCCAUGUACUUCUUCCUAGCCAACCUCUCUCUUGUUGACAUUUUCUUCUCAUCUGCCACCAUCCCCAAGAUGUUGACCAACCAUCUCUUGGGGAAUAAAGCCAUUUCCUAUGUGGGGUGCUUCAUGCAGAUGGAUUUCAUGUUAUCUUUUGGCAACACUGACAGCUAUAUCUUGGCUGCAAUGGCUAUCAGCCGCCCUCUUCAUUACACCACAAUUAUGAGACCCAGUUCUUGUGUCCUGAUGGUUGUUGGGUCUUGGGCUGUUGCAAUCAAUUCAUUUCCUCACACCCUACUCACAGCUAGUUUAUCAUUCUGUGGCAACAAGAAAGUGGCCAAAUUCUACUGUGACAUUGCCCCUUUGCUCAAGUUAUCUUGCUCUGACAUCCACUUUAAUGUGAAGAUGAUGUACCUUGGGGUUGGCAUUUUCUCUGUGCCAUUGCUGUGCAUCAUUAUCUCCUAUGCCCGGGUCUUUGCCACUGUCUUGCGGGUUCCAUCCACUAAGGGCAUACUCAAAGCCUUCUCCACCUGUGGCUCCCACCUCACUGUGGUUUCUUUGUAUUAUGGGAUAGUCAUGGGCAUGUAUUUCCGACCUCUGACCAGUUACAGCUUGAAGGAUGCAAUAAUUACUGUGAUGUACAUGGCUGUGACCCCAAUGUUAAAUCCUUUUAUCUACAGUCUGAGAAACCAGGACAUGAAGGCUGCCCUGGGGAAACUCUUGAACAGAAGUUCUUAUCUCUGUUGUGAGGUCACACCCUGGAUGCUAGAAGCACUUACAGAUUCAUGUCCAAUGUUACCUUCUUUCAGAAUAAAGAUGGAAAGUAAGGGUUAUGUCUCCUUCACCCUCAUACUGGAAAUGAUUUUAUUUGUCCUGCCAAUGUCUUCACGUGUGCCUGCAGUUGCUCGUGCUUUCAGGUCUAUAACAUUUCAGAUGUUUCAGGCUUUUAUCUGGGAUGACCACGGACAGUGUUCUUCCUAUGAACGCCUCUAA